AUGGCUGAACUGGCUGCAAAGAUACGUGCCAGGUUCAAACGCCGGCCGUCUGCCAUCCCCUCGCUGCUCAGCAGCAGGUCGACCGGCAGCCACACCUCCUCUUCCCACCGCAGCCACAAUGCAGAUCACCACCACCACCACCACCACCUCCUGGCUGACCCCGAGCCCGACCACGACCCCGACUCCAAGUCGCGUGCGGGGAGCUCACGCGUUUCCGUCAUCGUCGACCUGGACGACGACGAGGGCGCCGGCUCGCCUCCCCAAUCCCAAACCCAGCCCGGUCGGGAUCGAUCCUGCCAGCCCGCACAAGCCGCGCCAGAAAUGGUGGGACACCCGGGCCUAGGCCAGGGCGAGGGCGAGGGAGAGGUCGAGAGCAAGGGCGAGGAGGGCCUGGCUGGCGACGAUUCUCAGCCGCCGCCGCCGGUCCAGCACGACCACCACCAAUCUGAGCCCGAUAGCACCAGUCCAAUUUCCCCAGCCCAGCACGAUUCCUCAACCGGCCACCAGACUCAAAACGCCCAAAAUGCCCAACGUGCAUCGUCCCUUUCAUCCUCCCCAGAGACACUAAAGCCAACAGCACCAACUCCAACACCAGCUCCAGCUGUGGAGGAAGCAUCCUCGGGUAGUGUCUUGGCCGGCCCCCCUGAGCCACCCGCCCCUGCGGUCGAUUCCGAACCUGAAUCUGAACAACCUGCACCUGCACCUGCACCUGCACCCGAACCCGAGCCUGCAUCUGCGCCCGAGCCCAGCAGCGAGGGCCCGACAGCAACCGCAACGGCCAGCGUCAUGCCGGGCAACGAUCUGCACCCGUCACCGCGAAAACUCUCGUGCAUCAGCGAACAUCCCUCCCCGGACCACAAGGAACUGCUCCCAAACCCAAAUCCCAUCACCGCCCACCCAACUCAGCCCCCAAUCACAGGACCCGCUGCCUCGGCCGAUGCAACUUCAGUCCUGCCCCCGAAACCAGACGAUGCUGGCGACAAACCGGCCGCCGCCGCUGCUGCUCCUCCUCCUCGAACUCCCAAAUUAGCUUCCGCCGCGACCCAACGGCCCUUCCACAUCCCACUCCCCGCCGCCGCCGUCGUCCCUCCAUCCGCCGCAAACCUUUCGCCGAACGCCGCGUACAGCCCAAAGGGCACCGUCACCCCCAGCUCUCCGCUCGCCCGCAACUCUUCGGUCAGCUCGAGACCUGCUCCCGUUCGGCGACAGUCCCUCCUCUCCAACAGGCAGUCUACCCUCAUCCAGACCUUACUGCGCGGGUCCCAGGGCGACGAAAACGCCAGCAUCAGCAACGAACAGCUGCUCCCUAUCAGCGGCAACAUGGUCAUGCGCAAGAUCUGGGUCAAGCGGCCUGGCGCCUCCGCCACGCUCGUCACAAUAAACGAGGACGAUCUGGUCGACGACGUGCGAGAAAUGAUCUUGCGCAAGUACGCCAACUCUCUCGGCCGCCAAUUCGAUGCGCCAGACCUCACCCUCCGCAUCAGGCCCAACGGGAACCAGCAGGAGCGGAUGCUAGGGCCCGAGGAGCCAAUGUCUCGAACCCUCGAUGCUUACUUCCCCAGUGGACAGACCGUAGACGAUGCCCUCAUCAUUGACGUCCCCCUACGACGCACACCCAGAGCAUCCCCUCGCAACGGCCCUCCCCACGCGCCUCAUGUGCAAUACUACGUCGAAGAGGCAAGGCCCUCGGAAGCAGGAAACGACUACUUUGGACCCGGCGCUAUAUCGACCCUACCCGUUACAGUCACUGCGCCGUCUAACCCAACGGCCCCCCAGCAUGCGAUCUCUAUUUUGCAGACCGGACAUCCGCCACAGAUACCAUCACCAGGUGGCACACGAGCAAGGACCUACAGGGAAAGACCAGAGCGGCCGAGGUUAGGACGCCAGCACACUUCCUCGCCUACGCUCAUAAACAUGGCCUCGGGAACAACCCAUCAGGCGUCCAUCGCCACAACCGCUGGAGCCCCUCAUGACCAGUCACAAGCAGCUCCGGCGCCACCGGCCAUUUCCACCCCACCGGCUCCUGAAGGGACAGCCGCAUCCCAGCGGUCGGCGACCCCACCGCCUCGCGUGUCGUCGCCAAGACCCAAGGUCUCCAAGAAGAAGAAAGCCGCGGAGCACCCGUCCCUGCCCAAGGGCAUGCUGAACGGCAGCGUCCCGCCCAUCAACGUCCUCAUCGUGGAGGACAACAUCAUCAACCUCAAGCUGCUCGAGGCCUUCGUCAAGCGCCUCAAGGUGCGGUGGUCGACGGCCAUGAACGGCCGCGACGCCGUUACCAAAUGGCGAGGCGGCGGGUUUCAUCUGGUGCUGAUGGACAUUCAGCUGCCCGUCAUGAGCGGCCUGGAUGCGACCCGCGAGAUCAGGCGGCUAGAGAGGGUCAACUCCAUCGGCGUCUUCAGCUCAGCCGCCGACGCGCCACCGGAGGUCAAGGGCGAGCCGGACGAGAAGGACAAGCUCGAGAACAUGGACCUGUUCAAGUCGCCCGUCAUCAUCGUCGCCCUGACUGCCAGUUCGCUGCAGAGCGACCGUCACGAGGCACUGGCGGCGGGGUGUAAUGACUUCUUGACCAAGCCUGUUAACUUCGUCUGGCUCGAGCGCAAGGUCAUGGAGUGGGGAUGCAUGCAGGCGCUCAUCGACUUUGACGGCUGGCGCAAAUGGAAGGACUUCUCGGCCAAGCUGGAGGAGGACAAGAGGUCCUCUUCAGCCGUCGCAGCGCAGAAGGCGAAGGCCAAGAGGAAUCGAACGAGCAUGAGCCACCAGGCCGUAGCCGCAGGCGCCUAG